AUGUCUAAAUUUUCCAUUGACUCGUUGUUAAAUGUUUCUAAUGAAAAUGAAAAUGAAAAUAAUAUUGAGCAACGAACAAUAAAAAUAAAAAAUUCACAACCACAACAAUCACAACAACAUCAACAGCAAUAUUUUAAUUCUUCUUUAUAUCCCUAUUUAUUUCAUCCCUAUUUACAAUCAUUUUUAAAUUAUCAACAAAAUACAAAUAGUUCUUAUUUAAAAUUAAAAACACAAUCAGAAAAUCGAAAUCAUUCAACCAGUUUGAACAGUUCAAAUAAUACAACAAAUUCACGAACAUCAAGUUUUAGUGAUGAUGAUGAUAAUUCAUCUUUGGGAUCUUCAAUUACAACAACUACACCAUCAUUAUCAUCACCAGAUAGAAUUUUAUUUCGUCAAAAUAUGUUAUCACAAGAUAAUUCUAUUCCAGAUAUUGGUUCGACAAAUAAUUCAAAUAAAUCACGUCGUAAACGUACAGCAUUUACAAAUGAUCAAUUAAUUGAAUUAGAAAAAGAAUUUCAUAAUAAAAAAUAUUUAUCAUUAAUUGAACGUUCAGAUAUAGCUAAAACAUUAAAUUUAAGUGAAAUACAAGUAAAAAUAUGGUUUCAAAAUCGUCGUGCUAAAUGGAAACGUAUUAAAGCUGGCGCAUUAAGACAAUUUAAUCAACAUCAUACAGAGACAAAUGAAACACAAACAAAAAUUAUAUGUCCAAUACCAUUACAUGUUAAACGUUUACAAUCGAAAAAUAAUAAAAAUAUAAUUUAG